CAGAGUCUUCUGCUCAGCAAGGUUUCUGCACAGGUAGCUGGUUCUUCGUGCUGUGCUCACUUCAUUGAUUCGUUUACCAGGAUUAUAGCCUUGCAAAGAUGACAAUGGAUGCUCUGCAACUAGCAAACACUGCCUUUGCAGUUGAUAUGUUCAAAAAGCUAUGUGAGAAGGACAAAACAGCCAACGUUAUUUUUUCCCCACUAUGCACCUCAACGUCUCUGGCUCUGGCAUACAAAGCUACAAAAGGUGAUACUGCAGAGCAGAUGAAACAGGUGCUCCAUUUACAAGAUGUCAAAGAUGUUUCUUUUGGGUUUCAAACAAUAACUUCAGAUGUUUCCAAACUCAGCUCUUUCUUUGCACUGAAAAUGGUUAAACGGCUCUUUGUAGACAAGUCUCUCAAUCCUACCACGGACUUUGUCAACUCCACAAAGAGACCUUUUCCUUCUGAACUGGAAUUAGUGGAGUUCAAAGAAAAAACUGAGGAAACCCGAGAAAAGAUCAACAAAUCCCUUUCAGAGCUGACUGAUGGAAAAAUGGAGAAUGUUUUGAAUGAGGAUAAUGUAAGUGACCAGACUCAGAUCCUUUUAGUUAAUGCUGCUUACUUUGUCACAAACUGGAUGAAGAAGUUCCCAGAGGCAGAGAUCAAAGAAUGUCCUUUUAAAGUCAACAAGACUGAAACUAAGCCAGUGCAGAUGAUGAAUCUGGAAGCUACUUUUUGCCUGGGCUAUGUAAAAGAUUUAAAUGUUGCCAUCCUUGAGCUCCCAUGCCUUAACAAACAUAUAAGCAUGCUCAUUCUCCUGCCCAAAGAGAUUGAGGAUGAGACCACUGGCUUGGAGAAGCUGGAAAAUGCACUGACCCCUGAGACAUUAUUACAGUGGACGAAUCCCAGCAUGAUGGCCAACACCAAAGUGAAUGUAUUUCUUCCAAAGUUUAAUGUGGAAGGUGACUAUGACCUGAAGCCCCUUCUGGAAAGCCUGGGAAUGACAAAUAUCUUCAAUGAAAGCGCAUCAGAUUUCUCUGAGAUGUGUGAGACAAAAGGUGUGGUUGUGUCAAAGGUCAUCCAUAAAGUCUCCUUGGAAGUCAAUGAACAAGGUGGUGACUCCCGAGAGGUACCUGGAUAUCGGAUUCUGCAGCACAAAGAUGAAUUUAAAGCUGACCAUCCAUUUAUCUUUUUGUUUAGACACAACAAAACUCGCAACGUGAUUCUUUCAGGCCGAUUCUGUUCUCCUUAAGCGGGGUGUGUUCAUUACAAAAAAAGCACAAUUAUAUUUGUGGUGGUGCACACUCCUGUAAAGCUUUUCUUCCUGACUAUCACCUUUGAGAGGAAAUCUAAGAGGUUCAUAUAUUGGCUGAAUAAUACAAUGUACUCUAUAUAUGCAGCAGAAGUAGUUUCUCUCCUUUUGUUUCCUCCCCUUUAGCGGAAUAAUUUCCACUGUGAAGAACACACCAUAUUUUAUUGAGAAGUAUCCCAGCUUCAGCAACAAGAACAUUUUGUUCCUCUGUGACACUUCUUUCCCCAAAUGAAGUGAGAGCCUGAUUUAAGAUAGCUCAGGAGCUGGAAGGGGCUCUAGGAGGAAGAGCUGCAUUCCUACUCCCUGGUGAAACCUCUCUCGCUUGUGACUCACACUCUCUGGAUUCCUAAUACCUAAAAGGGGAAAUAUGGACGUGUGGUAUGAUCUCCCUCUCUACCUGGCCACACUCUGGUGGUCCAGGGUGCCUUACCAGACCCUGCCAGCACCCACUGAAGAAGUGGACAAGUUCUGCAGCAUAGCUACAACAGUUCAGGCUGGCAUCGGGAUUUGCAUCUGUGAAACAGCAGCCACACUGAGGCCUAUGGACACCAGAGGCAAAAGCCAUGGAGACAGUAUGUGUCCCUAGAAGACUCUUCAGCAUGAAGCUCCCAGACUGGGGAGGUUGAACUCUGCUGUGUGGCCUUUUUUGAUUCAUUCCCUUCAGACAUGGAAGUUGGGACAAGAGGAAUCUUGUUGUAUAUAUCCUCAGGAAAAGAACAUUAUGCAAAUCAAGGAUAGAACACACUUGGAUUAAUACUGGAAGUGCCACACUUCUCAUGCACAGAUUAGCUGCCACUUCUAGCUCUGGAUUCAGCAUUAAGGAAAUUCCUUACAGUUAUUCAAUGUCUAAGGCAUGAGAAAGAAAUAAGGACUUCAACUUGACUGAAAUUAACAUUGUAAUUACUAGUCUUAAAAUUCCACAAGAGAUUAUGGUAAUCAGAUUUCAUUUCUAUCCAAAGACUGCCUGCUGCAUAUGUUCAGUACUUGUUUGCCUAAAUACUGUUCAGAAUAAAGCACUAUAAAACCUGUGUCAAAUGUACAAUA